AUGAGUAACUUCACUUUGGAGGUAACCACAACUGAGCGAGAACGUUGCCGGUCGCCGAAAUCGACGAGCGAAACGAUUGUCCAACAGCUCUUCACGCUCUUCGACGCGGAUAGAAGCGGAGCAGUCUCAACGGAAGACCUCAAGUCCGUAUUGAACGCAAUCGGUCAAAAUCCUACUAAAGCCGAACUGCAAGCCAUGGUGGCAGAAUUCGAUUGUGAAGGAAACGGUGAGAUCGGCUUUGAAGAAUUCAGCCUUCUGUUGUCGAAAUGCAUACAGAUGAGCGACGACGAAUACAAAGAAAGAGUGGCGGAAGCCUUCGAAAUCAUGGACAUGGACCGGAACGGAUUCAUCGAGCCUCGAGAAUUACAAGAAUUGAUGAAACGACUCGGUCAGCAUUUAUCCGACGAUGACGUCGAACGAAUAAUGGACGAGGUCGAUAGAAGCGAUGGCGACAGAGUGAGCUUCGCAGAGUUUCAAGAAUUGAUGAUGCAGAACAGAAUACAGUUGGGAUUCUGA